AUGGUUCACAAUGAGUCCAAGCCUACAGUGCAGCUGAAGUCCCUGAAGUACUUCGAUGCGGAUCGCAUUGAUUUGCCCCCGAUGAAUCCUAGCAAGUCUGCGGUUCCAGCAACCCCUUCCAAGCCUGUUGUUCUUUUGGAGACAACUUCAUUUGGAGGAUUGAACACCCCUAGCGAUGCACGGCCGAAACCUAGGGAGGAAACGAUGACCAGUGAUGACGCUCCCCGGUUACCUGGUAUCGAGGAGAUCAAGUCGGAUACACCUCCGAAUGAUCAAGUGAAGUCCUCUGUUGCUUUUGAAUUUCGCGGAACUGCCAAGCCUGAGACGGAGCUGGCAACACAGUCUCCAACGGCUGCCGCCUCUUCACGCAGGGAGUCCUCCAACGAGGACGACAGUACUACACCCUCGCGACCUUCUCAUGACGCCGUGGGCCACUUUCAUAUCUCCACCCUGACGACCAGUUUGAAUGAAAUGAAGAUCCGUCCUCCGUCUGCUAAUUAUAAAUCGCGGUCUGCAGGAUGUGAGCCCUCGAAACUAGCAAUUUCACAGGGUAUUUUGUAUGAUGCAUUUUCUUUGGCUUCUCUUUCCCGCUCUUAA